CGCAUUCCCCUUCAUCCCAAUCUCGCUCGCCGUCGUCUCUCUCUGCCGUGCUCCAUAUAACCAUCUCUCUCCUCCCAAAUCCGCCUCUCUCUCUUCCCGAAUCGCGAUUUUUUUCUCCAUUUCUCCACCACCCCACCACAGAUCGAGACCAAACCCCACGCCGGGUCUCCUCCUCUGACCCAAUCCCCGAAUCCCCAAAUUUGCAGUUGAACCACCAAACUGGUGGAGUCGAUUCGGGCGAAUUCGAGCUCCGAUCUGCGGUUGCGGGAGAGGCGUUUCGUCCAUACCGGCGCGGGCGAGGCGAAUUCGGGCGAUCCGAGGCGUAUGGAGGAAGGCCCCGCGGAUCCGCUGCUCGGGAGCUAGGGUUAAGAGGCGGCGGCUGCAUCGGCGGGGGGCGGGCGCGAUCUGGUGAUGGUGCGGCGCGGCGCCGGGGGACGGCGAGGAGGGAUCGGCGGCGGGGAUGAUGCAAGGCUAUGCAUGGGUGGCGCGAAGGCGGCGGUGAGGGUUGCGGCAAGAGUCGGCGUCUCGUUCGGCACAUGUGGCCAGUAACUCGCGUAGAGGCAGCAGCUCCACCACCGGCACAGGGACAAGCUUCUCCUCCUCCCCGCUCCUCUGUUCCUCCGCCCCUGACGACCUCGUAUCCACCUGCGCCGACGACUCCCCCAGCAGCAGCGCACAAGAAGGAGCGUGUUGAUUCUCCCCGUCCAGCUUCAUCAGAUUCCUUCUUAAAGGACGGGCGUGAAUUCCGUGUUGGCGACUGCGCUCUUUUUCAGGCUGUUGAAGUUCCCCCUUUCAUUGGGUUGAUACGUUGGAUUGAGAAAAAGGAGGAAGGCUUUCCCAAGUUACGUGUAAGUUGGCUGUAUAGACCAGCUGACAUCAAGCUUAACAAGGGAACACAGCUGUGCGCCGCACCAAACGAGAUCUUCUAUUCUUUCCACCAGGACGAGACAUCCGCUGUCUCACUGCUGCAUCCUUGCAAAGUUGCUUUUUUGCGUAAAGGCGUUGAGCUUCCAGCUGGAAUUUCUUCAUUUGUGUGUCGGCGCGUGUAUGAUAUUGACAACAAGUGUUUAUGGUGGCUUACCGACCAGGAUUAUAUAAAUGAGCGGCAGGAAGAAGUAAAUCGGCUUCUACACAGAACAAAGCUAGAAAUGCAUGCAGCAGUUCAGUCAGGUGGGCGCUCACCAAAGCGGCUCAAUGGACCGUCGUCUGCCCAGCAAAAGUCUGGUUCUGAUGGUGCCCAAAACUGCGGUCUUUCCAAAGGGAAGAAGAGGGACAGGGGUGAGCAAGGAACUGAUCCAGCUAAGCGAGACCGUGAGCGUCCCCUAAAGGCUGAGGAUGGCGAAUCAGGCAACUUUAAGGUGGAGAAUCUAAAGUCUGAAAUUACAAAGAUAACAGAAAAAGGUGGACUUCCACAUGCUGAAGCUGUAGAGAAGCUGGUACAUCUCAUGCAACUUGAUCGAACUGAGCGAAAGAUAGAUUUGCCUGGCCGGGUAAUUCUAGCUGAUAUUAUUGCAGCUACAGAAAGUCCUGACUGCCUUGGUAGGUUUGUGCAACUGCGAGGCCUUCCUGUGUUUGAUGAUUGGCUUCAAGAAGCUCAUAAAGGGAAGUCUGGUGAAGCUGGUAGUCCUAAAGAAACUGAUAAGCCUAUGGAAGAUCUUGUCCUGGCCCUGCUUCGUGCACUGGCGAAAUUGCCUAUUAAUCUUACUGCUUUACAAAGUUGCAGUAUUGGGAAGUCUGUUAAUCAUCUGCGAAGCCAUAAAAAUCCGGAGAUACAGAAGAAGGCAAAGUGUCUUGUCGAAAAUUGGAAGAAGCGCGUUGAUGCUGAAAUGAAGUCAAAUGAUGUGAAACCAGUGGUAUCAGGUCAGGCUGUAUCCUGGCCAGGCAAACCUGGGUUUCCAGAAAUUUCUAGUGCUGGAAACAGACGAAGUGGCUCAAGUGAGUCUAGUCUGAAAAGCCCAGUGUCUCAGCUUUCUUCAUCGAAGGCCUUGACUUCUAAACCUGUAGCCGCCGAUGCUGCUGCGAAAUCGAGUCCAGUGAUAUCUGGUUCUUCAAAAUUGCAACAUAUGCAACCAGGAAAUGCUGUAACCAACUUGAAGGAGCAACCCUCCAAAUCAACUGGUGGCACUUGUGGCUCUGAGCUGCCUGCAGUGAAAGAGGAGAAAAGCAGCAGUUCAAGCCAGUCUCUGAACAACAGCCAGUCAUGUUCUAGUGAACAUGCAAAAACAAUCGGUUCUUCGAAGGAGGAUGCCCGAAGCUCAACUGCAGCUUCUGGUGUUGCCUAUAAAACUUCCGGUAGUUCUUCUCGUGUGCAUCGAAGAACAAACAAUGGGCUUCUUGGUUCAGGGAUCCAGAAAGAAGCUGCCGUGGCAAGAUCGUCUUCACUUGAUCACUCUUCAGUGCAGGAAAAAGUGUCACAAUCUGGCACAGCAUGUGAGAAAGGAGCUGACAUACAAUCAGAUCAGGGUAACAGCCAUAGAUUGAUUGUCCGGUUCCCAAAUCCUGGUCGAAGCCCUGCUAGGAGCGCAAGUGGCGGUUCUUUUGAGGACCCAUCAUUUACUGGGAGUAGAGCUUCAUCUCCUGUGGCAGACAAACAUGAACAAAGUGACCGUAGAGUGAAAAUGAAGACUGAAAAUUCCAAUCCUCAUUUAGGCAAUGAUACAAAUGCUGAGUCUUGGCACAGCAAUGAUGUUAAAGGAGCUUCAGUUUCUGAGGAAGGCGAUAAAUCACCUCGUGCUAUGUUGACUGAUGACAGCAAGACAACUGAAGGAGCUGGCAGAGAUGUACCUGUUUCACGAGUUGCUUGUUCAUCAUAUGCAAAUGAAAAGGGAAUCUGUUCAAGUGAGACUGGGCUGACUAAAUUGUUCAACCCUAUGAAUGCUUUGAUUGAAAUCAAGUACUCUGAAGCUAGUCAUUCCUUGCAAGCUGGGGAUGAUACAGCAAUGAAUCUUCUUGCCAGUGUCGCUGGAGAAAUAUCUAAAUCUGAGUUGAUUUCCUCAUCUCCUUCGCCUAGAAAUUCAUCAGCAAAUGAACAGGGCUGUGAAGGAGACAACAUUGGGAAGCUAAAAGUGGAAUGUGAUGUGAGCUUGCCACAGCAUGCAGGGCCAUCAAAUGAAGUUGAGAAAGUCAUCUCUGAGAAGAGUGAAAAAAGUGGUGUAGGUUUGGUUGGAAAGGAGCUGCACCGGGAGGAUGUUAAUAUGCUGUCUGUAAACAACUUGUUGUCACAGGGUGACAAGGGCACAACAUCUGCUGGAUCGUCCCCUCUACCAGAAAUAGAUUCUAAAGCGAAGACUGAAAAUCGUGAAGUAGAGGACACCGAUAAAUGUUCACAUCCACCUUCACGUGGUGAUGAUGGUGUAAAGUCAAAUGCCAAACAACCUAUUGGUUUCAAGAUUGAUACAAACUCAAAUAUAAAAUCAUCUACUACGAGUGAAUAUAGGUCUGCAUUUACUGUUCGAGGUAAAGUUGAAGAUGGUUGUACAACCAGUUCUGAUGUGGGCUCCACAUUAGGUGAUCAAUGUAAGCUGGCUGUUUCAAAUAGAAAAAUGCUCCCUGCCGAGGAACCAUUAUGUGGUGGUGACAAACAAGCUCAUGGUUUGUUAAAGCCAACAGAUCAAAAGCAUCUUCUGGGUCUACCAUAUUAUUCAGAACACAUUGAUAAAUCUGGUGACAGUACUGCAAAUAAAUUGAAAUUGAAGCCUUCAUUUUCAUCAUCGACUGUGGAGGUGAAUAAGGCUGAUGGUUUGCUGGUUGGUAGUAACACGGUGCUGAAAGAGGAUGAAAAGAAGGAACAUCCAGCUGAUGUUACAAAACUUGCUGUAGCAACUGGAGUCAAACAUGGUCCAGAAAAUGGGAUUAGUUCUAAAGAAUCAAAAGACAAUUCCAGUGAAUCAAGCAGUCACACAAGACCUGGAGGCACUGUCUCACAGGAAACUGAACAUAGUGCACAACGCAGCUCAAAGAAAUCUAGCGAUGAUGCAGGUGGGAAAGACGACCUUGUCUCAUCUGAUGAUGGUUCUUCAUUCUCUGCCAAGACCAGGUCAAAUGCCACUGCCAAGCUUGACUUUGAUUUGAAUGAAGGAAUACCUGGAGACGAGGGGCAUCUGUCUGAGCCAGCUACCUCUCCUGCUGUGUGUUCUUCAGCGAUUCAUUUACCUCGUCCUUCUCCGUUUGUAUCACCUAUUUCAAGUGGGCUGCCUGCUCCAAUAGCUGCUCCAGCUAAAGGCCCCUUUGUUCCUCCUGAGAACCUAAUAAGGUUGAAGUCUGAGACUGGCUGGAAAGGUUCAGCAGCCACAAGCGCAUUUCGCCCAGCGGAGCCAAGGAAAAUUUUUGAGAUGACUCUCAGUGCAUCUGGCAUUCUGGUUUCUGAUGCUGCAGGGAAAAACCGCCCAGCACUUGACAUUGACUUAAAUGUUGCAGAUGAGCAAUUUCUUGAGGAAGACGUCUCUCAGAGUUCUGUUCAGACAACUGGUUCUGAAUCUGGCAACACUAGAAGAAGCAAUGGUCCUGUACGUAGUGUUGGCUUUGAGCUUGACUUGAAUAGGGCCGAUGAAGUUGCAGAGAAUGGGCAAAUUGUGUCUAACACUAACCACAGGGUUGAAGUCCCAUUAUUAUCAAGACCAUUACCUGGAGUUUUCUCUAGUUCCGAUGCAAAUAGCUCAAGGGAUUUUGAUCUUAAUAAUGGACCAACUCUUGAUGAAGCUGGUACGGAACAUGCACCAAGGAGUCUGUCAUCUAAAAAUACCAGUAGCAUACCAUUCCUACCUCAAGUCGCUAGCAUGAGAAUGAACAGUGCUGAAAUGAGUAACAUAUCACCAUGGUUUGCUUCUGCCAAUGCUUGUGCUCCUGUAGCUAUAAAGUCGUUUUUACCUUCUAGAGGAGAACAGCCUCACCCAGUCGAGACAGCAGCUGGAAGUGGAACCCAGAGGAUCAUCACAUCGAUGGCAGAUGGUGUCCAACAUGGAAGUGAUCCCAGCCGGACUCCAGUUAUUUCAACUUCACCGACUAUGAUGUUUCACCCUCCUGCUUAUCAGUAUGCAGGAUUCCCUUUUACUCCUAGUGUCCACCUUCAAGCACCGGGGUUUUCAAUUGGGUCUACAUCAUAUGCGAAUUCUGCACCUGGAGGAAUUCCUUAUUUCCCUACAAUUGCUCCGACGCUUGUUGGCCCAGCAGGUGCAUUACCUGCUCAGCAUACUCGACAAUAUGCAAUAAACCUCCCUGAAGGAAGCAGCACUGUUGGACAUGACAAUAAUCGGAAAUGGGGAAGACAGGGUCUUGAUCUUAAUUCUGGCCCUGGAAGUGUGGAUGUAGAAGUGAAGGACGAUAGAGUAACUUUACCAGUUAGACAAAAUUUUAUUGCGCCACCACAUGCCUUUGUGGACGAGCAUACGAGAAUGUAUCAAAUGCCUCCAGGUGUUGGAAUAAAGAGGAAGGAACCAGAGGGCAGUUGGGAUGCCGAACGAUCUUCAUACAAACAAUUGUCAUGGCAAUGAGCUUUUGCUGGUAUCAUUUCUCAGCGACUUCGGCAUCCAAUGAGCUUAGGCAGCUGCAUGUGGUACUUGGGUUCGUGUACUGCACCCUUGCUGGAAUAUACAAUUCAUACAUGGAUACUUUCCUUGUGAUGAUGUGAAUGUGAGAGGAACGAUGCUUUGAUGUAAUUGCUGUAAAUGUUCAUAUUUCAUACUUUCCUGGAAACAAUUUUCCUUGGCAUUGGCAGUUGCUUUGCUAGAUUUUCUUAGCUGUCAGGGACUCAGGCAUGCUUCUAAUUUGCUUGGGAGGGUAUGACUGGAGAUGGAAACGGUAUAGGUCCUGGGCCUCAAGAAACAUCUGAAGCCGCUGUAAUUAGGUUCAGUUUGUUUGUUUUUAGUUUCUUAUGACAGACCAAUUUUCUCUUUUUGGAGCACAUCUGCAGCCUUACAUAUGAUUUAGAUGUAACAUGUAUUUUAUGUGGAAACGUUACAUCUGUUUGCCCAUGUAACUCUAGUGGACUAUCCUGGGGGAUGACACUCGAUCUGCAGUUCCUGAAUGCCUGUAAAGCGCAUUCUGGUGUAUCCAUCGGUGCCUUGCAAUGGUUAAGAAAUUUAGUGGACCGAUAAGCAA